UUAAUUCAUUGAAUUAUGAGCUACAAAUAACAUUAAGACGUUGAAGCAUAAUUUCAAUCUCAACUUAGUAUUGAUGAUUUGACUGAUUUAUUCAAGUUGAAUUCAAUAAAUGAUGGAUCAAGUAUGUAAAAGAUAAAGUAAUUUGGAGAUGAUAAUGGAAUAGCUAUGAAACUAAACACAGAUUUAAAAGUUAUAAUAAUAAGUUUAUAUUAGAAAGGAUUUCAAGAUAAAGGUGCAAUAGAGAAAUCGAAGCAAUUUUAUGGAGAUAAUACACCAGUAGAGAAAGAGCCAACAACGUUAUUUGAAUUGAUAAUGGAAUGUUUAGGGGAUACAAUGCUACAAAUUUUAUUAUUAGCAGCUUUAGUAUCAACAGUGAUUGGUAUGAUAAAUGAAGGGGUAAAAACAGGAUGGACUGAAGGGUAUAAGAGAGUCUAAAAUAUCUUAGAGCUACUAUAUUUUUUGCCAUAUUUCUGAUCAUUUCAAUAACAGCUGGAAACAAUUAUUUAAAGGAGAGACAGUUUAGAUAGUUACGAAGAAAAUUAGAUGAUGGAAAAUGUUAGGUCAUAAGAGAAGGUAAAGUCACAGAAAUAGCUACAAAGGAUUUAGUCGUUGGAGAUUUGUUAAUUUUCAAUUUAGGUGAUUUGUUCAUUGUAGAUGGUAUUAUUGGGUAUUAAAUAAAAUUAGGAUUGAUGGUUUAAGGAAGUGCAGUGAAAAUUGAUGAAUCACCAAUGACAGGUGAGAGUGAUGAGAUAAAAAAGUUACCAUAUUUUGAGAUGGCAUAGCAACAACAUAAUCAAUUAUAAGUAAAUGCUGAAGCAGCUAGAGGACAUGUAAGCCCAUUUUUAAUAUCUGGAACAAAAUGUUUAGAUGGUACAGGAUAAAUGAUUGUAUUGGCUGGUAAUUAAAUAAUUAAUAUAAAAAGUUGGUUAGAACACAGUAUCUGGAAAGUUGAAGUAAUUAUUGAUUUAAGAGAAUCCUCCAACUCCAUUACAAUAGAAAUUGGAAGGAGUUGCUUCAGAUAUAGGUAAGUUAGGAGUGUUAGUAUCAAUAUUAACCUUUAUAGCAUUGAUGGGACAUUUAGGUUAUGAUUGUUAUUAGGGUAAAUUUGCAUUUUUGAGCAUAAAGACAUUAUAAAUAAUAGUUGAAUCUUUUAUGAUAGCAGUAACAAUAAUAGUUGUAGCAGUGCCAGAAGGAUUACCAUUAGCAGUGACAAUAGCAUUAGCAUAUUCAGUAGGUAAAAUGAAAGAUGAACAAAAUUUGGUAAAGAAUUUAUCAUCAUGUGAAAUAAUGGGUGGUGCUAAUAAUAUUUGCAGUGAUAAGACAGGAACAUUAACAUAAAAUAUAAUGUAAGUUGUAGCCUUAUGGACAGAAAAUUAAACAUUUAAAGAUUAAGUUCAUACAAAUAAAAAUAAAAUAAAGAAGGAAACAAUAGAAUUGAUGUGUGAAAGUAUUUGUUAUAAUUCAAAUGCAUUUCCUGAAAAAGAUCCAUAAACAAAUAAAUGGAUUUAAAUAGGAAAUAAGACAGAAUGUGCAUUAUUGGAAUGUGCAGAUAAUUUUGGAUAUAAUUUUAAUAGAUAUCGGCCAAGUGAUAAGGUGUUAAGAUAGAUUCCAUUUAAUAGUAAAAGAAAGAAGAUGAGUACAGCUGUUUUAAAUUAGAAAACAUAAUAUAUAAGAGUAUACACAAAAGGUGCAUCAGAAAUAGUAUUAGGAUAAUGCAAUAAGUAUAUAGGUAAUAACGGAGUAGAAUCAUUAUUGGAUGUAUAAUUAAGAAAGAAUAUAUAUGAUAAUAUAAUACAAAAGUUUGCAUCAGAAUCAUUAAGAACAAUAGCAAUAGCCUAUAAAGAUAUAGAUCCAUAAUCUCAUGGAUCAAAUAUGAGAGGAUAGAUUCCAUAAUUAACGAAAGCCGCAUAGAAUAUAUAGGAAGAUGAUUUAGAUAAAGAUUUAGUAUUAAUAGGAAUAGCAGGAAUUAAAGAUCCAAUUAGACCAGAUGUUCCAAAUUCAAUAAAAUAAUGUCAUGCUUCAGGAGUAAAAGUAAGAAUGGUAACAGGAGAUAAUAUACUAACAGCAACAGCUAUAGCAAAAGAAUGUGGAAUUCUAGUAGCCAAUAGAGAAAUAGGUGAAUGGGAAGUUGUAGAAGGAAAGAAAUUUAGAGAAUUUGUAGGAGGAUUAAAAGAUGAAAUUGUAGAUGGAAAAACAGUUAAAGUAGUAGGAAAUAAAGAAAAUUUUGCUAGAGUAAGUAGAGAAAUGAAAGUAAUGGCAAGAGCAUCACCAGAAGAUAAAUAUAUUCUUGUAACUGGUCUAAUUGCUGAAGGAAAUGUUAUUGCUGUAACUGGAGAUGGUACUAAUGAUGCACCAGCUCUAAAAAAAGCUGAUGUUGGAUUUGCUAUGGGAAUCACAGGAUCUGAUGUUGCUAAGGAUGCUGCUGAUAUUAUUUUAUUAGAUGAUAAUUUUAGUUCUAUUAUUACAGGUAUAUAUAUAUUAUAUAAAAUAGCUAUGAAAUGGGGUAGAAAUAUUUAUGAUUGCAUUAGAAAGUUUAUCUAAUUCUAAUUGACUGUUAAUCUUGUUGCUUUGUUUAUGUCAUUUUUAGGUGCUGUUGUUCUUAAAGAAUCACCUUUAAAUACUAUUGAAAUGUUAUGGGUUAAUCUUAUUAUGGAUACUUUUGCUUCAUUAGCAUUAGCUACUGAACCACCUAAUAUAACUGUUUUAGAAAGAUAACCUUAUAAAAGGGAAGAUAAAAUAGUAUCACCUACAAUGAAUAGAACUAUUGUUGGAGGAUCCAUUUAUUAAAUAGCAGUUUUAUGUGUUAUUUUAUUCUAUCUUCCUUAAGUAAUGGAUUUAUCUAUGCCAUAAGAACUUAUUGGAAAAAAAGUAAAAUCUUAAUUUCUAUUUAGUUUCAUAAAAAUGUUGUAUAAAUGAGUAUUUUCUUUUAAACUUUUGUUGUUAUGCAAGUUUUCAAUUCAAUUACAUGUAGAUAAUUAGAUUAUAAGACUAUUAAUCCUUUUGCUAAUGCUUGUAAUAAUCCUUUAUUUUGGGGUGUCCAAACAUUUACUUUGGUCAUUCAAUGUAUACUCAUUUAAUAUGGAGGAUAAUUUGUAAAGGUUUCUCAUUUAACUUUACAUUAACAUCUCUUAUGUCUUGGAUUUGGAAUUGGUAGUAUUAUAUUCUCUGUUCUUGUUAAAAUGAUAAUACCAGAACGUUGGUGUCAGUUUGUUGAAUUAUUUAGAGAAUAAGAAGUUCAAUCAGCUGAUAUGGAUACCUCAUUAACCAGUGUUCUCAGAAGAAAAUCAACUAAUAGAUUGGGUAACUCAAAAAAAAGUUUAGAUCAAUAAGGAAGUCAAAUUAGAAUGAGUGCAUAAAGAAUGCAAUGAUAUCAAUAUACAUAAUACAUUUAUUUAAUAC